ACAGGAUCGGGGUUGUGUGCGGCGUCCGGAGCCUGCUCUGGGGCACUGGCCUCGGGCUGCCGAGGGGCCCACCCGCCGCCGGGGGCGCCCCCUGGAGGAAUUGGGGCUGGGAAAAAAAGGAUAUUGAAUUGGGUGAUAUUGGGGGUGCUGGUUGUAUGGACAGGCAGGCGUCGGCAAAAUGGGUUCAAAGGGAAGUUUCGUUGUUUGUUUUCCCCUUAAAAAGAAUUAUCUGUAAAGAGUGUUUUUAAACUUGCAUCAUUUUGUGCAGGUUUGUGAGUUUACCGUUAUGCUACAGUUAGGAGGCUCGCCCCUUGCUGCUGCCAAACCCGGCAAAUGGUUAACCAUAGCAUGGAUAGUCCAAUGUAGCUACUGCCAAAGAGUGAAACUAAAACGUCUUUUAUGGAGUAAAAUGCAAGAUAUAAAAGUAGUGUUUAAACAGCAUCCAGAUCUGUCCAGUGUUGUGCCCGGGCAUGGGCUAGCUCUCUUCCAGCAAACAUACUGUAUUUCUCACUAGAAAAUGAAAGAUAACCUAAGGCAAAUGUAUUUCUUAUUACCUUUCUUAAGAGUUGUGCCCUAAUACAUAUACUUUGGAAAACAAAAUGAAAAACAUUACUAUAACUUUUCCAAGUUGUUGAAAAACAAACGUUUCCUGAAGUUCUGUGCAGAUUCUUAAAUCAUUUUGGGGUCGUCUUGGGUGUCCAGAAUAUUCUUUUAUGUAGUGAACAUGUCACACCGUUUUGUGUUCAAAGUAAUAAGAAUUUUUCUUAAAAGAGCAGUUCAAUUAAUUUGAGGGCUGUAUUCUAUCAGGAGAGACAAAAUAAACAUGUGAAAAGUUCCAUAACCAUGAGAAAUGGAAAGAAAUGACGGUUUGAGGUAUUUGAAGCUGUCUAAAGAAAAACCUGUAUUUGGCAUGGAAAGUGCUGGUGACUGCUUGAAACAUUUGCCUCUCAGCUGAUUGUUGCCAUGUGGGAAUGUGGGUACCUCAAACACAGAUGUGAUUUUUCUUCAACAGAGGCUGAAAAAUCUAUAUUUUUAUGUAAUUAAAAAAUUUUUUUAAUGUUAUUGGCAACCAUUUCACUUAACACAUCCUCCGUGGCCCAGGAACAGGCAGUUUGUGACUUCUGCAGAUUAUCACCUGGGUAUUCGGAAAUAAUUGGAAUUGAAAGAGGAAAAAAAUUCCUGGGAACUGAUGGUCAGAGAAUCACAAAUCACAUUGAGCCAAAAAAGCUUCCAUUGUUUCCUUCAGCUACAAACAAAAUGAAUGUUCCCGUGCUGCUACAACAUCAUCACCAGCAUUUCCUAAAACGCCUUUUGAGAACACCUUUCCGAUGUUACCACUUCAUCUUUCACUCAAGUACUCACCUCAGAUCAGGAAGCCCAUGUGCUCAGCCAUUUGAUUCUCUUAGACUCCAUUGUGCAAAGUGGAUGCUGCUGUCAAACGGUUUAAAAAGAAAAUUAUGCGUACAAACAACCUUAAAGGAACACACAGAAAGACUUUCUGAUAAAGAACAAAGAUUUGUGGAUAAACUUUAUACUGGUUUAAUUCAAGGACAAAGGGCCCACUUAGCGGAGGCCAUAACACUUAUAGAAUCAACUCACAGCAGGAAAAAAGAGUUAGCCCAGGUGCUUCUUCAGAAAGUCUUGAUGUACCACAAAGAACAAGAACAGUCAAAUAAAGGAAAGCCAAGAGCAUUUCGAGUGGGAUUGUCUGGGCCCCCGGGUGCUGGAAAAUCAACCUUUAUAGAAUAUUUUGGGAAAAUGCUUACUGAGAGAGGGCACAAAUUAUCUGUGCUGGCUGUGGACCCGUCUUCUUGUACUAGUGGUGGAUCAUUGUUGGGUGAUAAAACCCGAAUGACUGAGUUAUCAAGAGAUAUGAAUGCAUACAUCAGGCCAUCUCCUACUAGAGGCACUUUAGGAGGUGUGACAAGAACCACAAAUGAAGCUAUUCUGUUGUGUGAAGGAGGGGGAUAUGACAUCAUUCUUAUUGAAACCGUAGGUGUGGGCCAAUCGGAGUUUGCUGUUGCUGAUAUGGUUGACAUGUUUGUUUUACUACUGCCACCAGCAGGAGGAGAUGAAUUGCAGGGUAUCAAAAGAGGUAUAAUUGAGAUGGCAGAUCUGGUAGCUAUAACUAAAUCUGACGGGGACUUGGUUGUGCCAGCGCGGAGGAUACAAGCGGAGUAUGUGAGUGCGCUGAAAUUACUCCGCAAGCGGUCAGAAGUCUGGAGACCCACGGUAGUUCGUAUUUCCUCCAGAAGUGGAGAGGGGAUCACUGAAAUGUGGGAUAAAAUGAAGGAAUUCCGGGACCUAAUGCUUGCCAGUGGGGAGAUGAUUGCCAGACGACAGAAGCAGCAGAAAGUUUGGAUGUGGAAUCUCAUUCAGGAAAGUGUGUUAGAACAUUUCCGGAUGCACCCCACAGUCCGGGAACAGAUCCCUCUCCUGGAAAGAAAGGUUCUGAGUGGGGCCCUGUCCCCAGGACUAGCAGCAGACUUGUUGUUGAAAGCUUUUAAAACAGAGACUAAUGAGAGAUAAUGAGUAUAUAAUGUUAUAUACCGUUUCACGAAGUAUUUUAAUAUUAAAAGUCACUUGUGUGCUUAUGUUUUCAGUAA